AUGUCCGCCCCUUCGUCAACGCCAAAUUGGACCAUAUCCACGCGGAGAAGGUCAAAGCCCUAUCGAAAACGACUGACAGCCAUUCUCGCUUGCUCUGCCAUAUCUCCAACGCUGGACAUGUUCGACUUCAGUAUGCUCCAUGCUCAGCUUUCCGAUACUCCGAAAUCCUCCAUUCUAGCUCACUGUAUGAGUGAGGAGGAGUUUACAUCGUUCGAAUUCAUCCCUUUGCGCAAAAUGAACCGAGGGAGAGACGAACCCAUUCCAUUCUUCGCAAACGCUACACAAAACAUUGAUGGCACCAGCUCGGCGACAGGAAAACGGUCAACGCCCGUUUUUACCCGAUCUGGUUCAACAGAAAGUUUGAGUUUAAUUUCUUUAGGAGGUCCGUCCGCAAUCGAUACGAGGACCAUCACGGCGCGUCCGUCGUAA